AGUUGGCUCUCUCUUCCGACUCCGCCCUCAGAAGGACGGCUGAUCUCUUGCCAGGAAAAGCAUUUUCUUUUUCAGUAGGAAACCUUUAGCUGUUCACACUGUGGGAGAGAGAAGAAAAAAAAGAAAAGAAAACGUAGUCUUGCACCCCGUUUGUCUCCCUUGCUAAGCUAUCAGCUUGUGCAGCGAGCGCAGGUUCUGGCACGAAAUAGUCUGAUUGUUGCAAGAGCUGGUCUUGGUCGGUUACCUUUGCUGAACGGACGGUGUAGAUUCUUUUUCUCUCCUCCCCACUCCAACCCGGUUCCAGAGGUCCUGGGUCCAGCAGUCUCUUCUUCGCCUUGUGACAAAUAGGUUUUGGAAAAAGUUGCCUGUGGUGACCCUGAACUCGCGCUUUUAUGAGACUGAGCAGGAAGAGAAGUCCAAAUCCAUCAGCCAUAUUACCCUAUUCCCUACAAAAAGGACCUGCCUUUUGACAUUGUAGAGCUCAUGGAGGAGACAGAAAAGACGGGAUUUUUACCAAAGGUAUUUAAAAGCGUUGUCUCACCAGCCAUUGGAAUUUAGAGCCUUCUUUGCUUAUUACAAUGCCAUCUGUAACAAGAAAACAGGCCAGCUCAGCAAAGCUGACAAGGAACUCAUCAUUGCGGUGACCAGCCUGGCCAACAGGUGCUCGUAUAGCGUUGUUGUCCACAGUGCUCGGUUCAGGGUCUUCUCGAAGAACCCAGUACUCUCUGACCAGGUCUCAUUGUAAAGAUUAUGUAAACAGUACAUAAUCAUACCCAGCCUUCUGGACUGACUAGUCAGGCCCUGUCAUCCCCAAGGACACAGUCCGGUCACUGACAACAACAUACUGACAGUGUCGCACGCGGUGCCCAGAUGCUAACGUUACGCAACGCAGCCCAGGCCUUGGGCAUCCUCAGUUGCGCACACUCACAGCUCGUCGCUCCAGACCUCCAACCCUCCGAGAAGCGCGCCUACAGUCGGGCGGUGUCCCCUCUUUCUUGGUCCCCUGCGGAUGAUGGCCGAGAGGCGGCUCUGGUUUCCCAGCCGGCGGGGUUAGGCCGCCGCACGCCGGAAGUGGCGGCUGGAGCGGGAUCGCUGGGGUGUCGACCGGUCGGGCAGCGGCCUGGAGCCGCUGGCCGGGGCGUUGGUCAUGUUUCCCUUCGGGCCUAGUAGCCCCGGAGGGGACAGGGCGGCUGGAGCCGGGGAUGAGGAGCCGUCAUCCCACGCGAGGCAGGCGGCAGCUGCCGGGCCGCUCCCUUCCCCGCCCCCGCCGCUGCAGCCGGGGGUUGAUGCAGCCCCUCCCCCGUCGCCCUGCCGGAGCCCUCGCCGCCCCUGCGCCCCCUCGCUGACCUCGGCGGGGCGCGCGGGGAAGCUCGGGCCCCCCGGAGCUCUAGAGUCCUCAGCCGCUUCCGCCCAGGGAGAGCCGUCACCGCCCUCCCCGCUGCGCCGGCUCUCCGGGCCUGACUGCAGGGCCGGGGGCCGGGGCUGGCACUGCCUCAGCGCCCGCCUAGGCGGCCCUGGCGCCCGGCUGUUCGGGUGGCUGACAGAGCGCAGCCUGGGUCGCGGGCUGUUCGUGGACCCGGCACGAGACAAUUUCCGCACCAUGACGAACCUCUAUGGUUCCAUCCAUCCCGCGGACUCGGUGUACCUCAGCACCCGCACCCACGGGGCCGUCUUCAACCUCGAGUACUCGCCCGACGGGUCAGUGCUGACAGUUGCCUGUGAACAGACUGAAGUCCUGCUUUUUGAUCCUAUAUCUUCAAAGCACAUAAAAACACUUUCUGAAGCUCAUGAAGACUGUGUAAAUAAUAUAAGAUUUCUUGAUAACCGGCUGUUUGCUACCUGCUCUGAUGACACUACAAUAGCACUAUGGGAUCUGAGAAAACUGAACAGCAAAGUAUGCACUUUACAUGGUCACACUAGCUGGGUGAAGAACAUCGAAUAUGAUACUAAUACAAGACUCUUAGUAACAUCAGGAUUUGAUGGAAAUGUCAUUAUUUGGGACACCAACAGGUGUACAGAAGAUGGGUGUCCGCAUAAGAAAUUCUUUCACACACGUUUUCUCAUGCGAAUGAGGUUAACACCGGAUUGUUCCAAAAUGUUGAUCUCAACGUCCUCUGGAUAUCUCUUAAUUUUGCAUGAUCUCGACUUAACCAAGUCUUUAGAAGUAGGCAGCUAUCCCAUUUUGAGAGCAAGAAGAACAACAUCAAGUUCAGAUCUUACCACUUUGUCGAGUUCAUCGGGUCCUAGAGUUUCUGGUUCACCUUGUCAUCAUAGUGAUUCUAAUUCAUCUUCUGAGAAACACAUGUCACGAGCCUCGCAAAGAGAAGGAAUUUCACCACGAAAUAGUCUUGAAGUCUUAACCCCUGAAGUUCCUGGUGAGAGAGACCGUGGAAACUGCAUCACAUCCUUACAGCUGCACCCAAAAGGCUGGGCCACUCUUCUUCGGUGCUCAAGCAACACUGAUGAUCAGGAGUGGACUUGUGUCUAUGAAUUCCAAGAAGGAGCACCUGUGCGACCAGUCUCACCUCGCUGUUCUCUACGACUGACUCAUUACAUUGAAGAAGCCAAUGUUGGCAGGGGUUAUAUCAAAGAACUUUGCUUCAGCCCUGAUGGGCGAAUGAUUUCUUCCCCACAUGGCUACGGGAUUCGUUUGUUGGGAUUUGACAAACAGUGCAGUGAACUUAUCGACUGUUUGCCCAAAGAAGCCAGUCCCCUGCGGGUGAUCCGUUCUCUGUACUCUCAUAAUGAUGUGGUACUGACGACAAAGUUCUCUCCAACACAUUGUCAGAUCGCCUCCGGGUGCCUUAGUGGACGGGUUUCUUUGUAUCAGCCAAAGUUUUAG